UCGCACUUCAGAGCAGGGGGUGCCCUGAACUCAGCCUCAGGAUGAAGAGAAAACGCAAAGGGAGACCCUUCCGGUGGAACUCGACAAUGUCGCUUUCGGCGCGGCCCCAGCGACGCAGCCUGGCCGUCAGGAUCAAUAGGAGCCAGUCAUUUGCAGGUGUCAAUUCUACCCAGGACAAAGGCUUCAGGAACUUCCCUGCAUUCAGCACCCCGACAGUCUCCAGGAAAUCUAGCUCCAGAGUCAGUAGGAUGUUUUCAAUGUCUCACAAAUCCCCUCCACCCAAGGUGCCCCAGCCAGAGCGACUUGAUGAGGUGUAUGAAGCGCUCAAGAAAGGAAUAACUGCUUACGUGGAGGUGCACCAGCUCGAGCUGGAGAAACUGAGCACCCAGAUCCGUGAAUCCAAGAGGAAUUCUCGUCUGGGCUUUCUCUAUGACCUUGAUAAGAUAGAUGAGCUCUACGAAGCCUACUGCAUCCAGCGGCGGCUCCGGGAUGGCGCCCAUAACAUGGUCAAGGCCUACACAGCUGCCUCACCCGGCAGCAAGGAAGCCCGCGAGAGUUUGGCCGAAGCCAGCAAAGGUUAUAAAGAAUACACAGAGAACAUGUGCUUGUUGGAGAGCGAACUGGAGGGUCAUCUGGGAGAGUUCCACAUCAAGAUGAAAGGGCUGGCCGGCUUUGCUAGACUCUGCGCUGGGGACCAAUACGAGAUCUUCAUGAGGUACGGACGGCAGCGAUGGAAGCUGCGUGGACGCAUUGAAGCCAACAACAAACAAGUGUGGGACAGUGAGGAGAUGAUCUUCCUCCCCCUCAUCACUGAGUUCUUGUCCAUCAAGGUGACAGAGCUCAAGAGCCUGGCCAGUCACGUGGUCGUGGGGAACGUCUCUUGCGAAACCAAGGACCUGUUUGCGGCUCUUCCCCAGGUGGUGGCCGUGGACAUCAAUGACCUGGGGACCAUCAAGCUGAGCCUGGAGGUCAACUGGAACCCUUUCGACAAGGAAGACCAGCCAUCGUCUGCAAGCACCGUGAACAAGACAUCCACGGUCAACAAGAGACUCUCCAUGUACAACCAGAGCCCGCCUGACACACCCUCAAUGCGUGAACAGGCCUUUUAUAAUAUGCUGCGGCAACAGGAGGAUCUGGAGAACGGGGCGGCCUGGUCCAUAUCUUCAGAGUCGUCUGACGAUUCUUCCAGCCCGCAGCUGUCCGGAAGUGCCCGCCACAUGCCUCCCCGACCUGUCGUGCAACCCGCAGUGCAAGCCACUGCACCCGCCAUAGAAAUUGCCUUUACGCAGCCUGAGGACAAAGACCCACCGGCCCCACAGGAGGAGGUGGCGACGGUAGCCAACGGCCACGUGCCCUAUGCCCGGACUCUUAGCCAGAUCAGCGAGGCCAGCGUGGACCUGCCGGUUUCCGAGGACAGAGGAUGUGCUGGCCCUCAAGAGAGAAGUCCUGGGGUCUCGCCUGCCCUGGAAACGAACUCUUUGGCCCAAGGCACAGCCUCCGUGCUGGACACUCGGAUCAGCGAGUGUGAAGAGGAGGAGGCCGAGUUUGCCGGGGCAGCUAGUGUGGCAGUGGAGAAAGAUGGGGACGUUGUUAGCCCGAGUCAGGAAGCUCCACAGCCUAAACCCUCGUUGACUGAGCCCAAGCCUGACUCAGUGGAUCUGCAGCCAGUAGGCGUCUUGGAGGUGCCGAGACCCAAACCUGUAGACUGUGGACUUGAGGAGGCUAUUGGUACUCUGGCCUCUUCUCUGGAUGACUACCGGGGACAGUUCCCUGAGCUACAGACGCUGGAGCAAGAGCUGAAGCACCUAGAAGAGAUUCUCUUGUCAUCUCUAAGUGCCAUAUUGGCUCCACGGCAACGGUACCUUUUGGGGAUAAGGAGAGCCAGCAGUGCACAGCCUGUGCCUUUGAGCAGGGUACCAGGAUCUGGCGAAGCCGCUGGUGAAGAAAUAGCAGGGUGCUUUGCUUCGGAGGGCAGUCCGGAACCCAUGAGCACUGGCAGCGAGUUCCUCGACAGGGCCCUGGUUCUGCAUUUGAAUUACUGCAAUGGCCUGCUGCUGAAACUUGGCAAUUUUGGACCACUACGCUGCCGGGAAAUGUAUGCGCUCGACAGGCUGGCGAGGGAAGCUCAAGUCCUGGGGAUGGUCUGCCACCUGGCGGAGGAAAGGUCAGGGACUGCCAAUUCGGCCGAGGAAGGCGGAUCCUACUUCUUUGGCAAUUUUGGACCACUACGCUGCCGGGAAAUGUAUGCGCUGGACAGGCUGGCUAGGGAAGCUCAAGUCCUGGAGAUGGUCUGCCACCUGGCGGAGGAAAGGUCAGGGACUGCCAAUUCGGCCGAGGAAGUGGUUCAGUUCUCCACACGGAAGGAGGGUAUGUUACCCUUCUGGGACAGCUGUGUGACCGUCCCUAAUGUGUAUACCUGCCCUGUGGAGCGGUUCCUAAAGACACUCAGCUCUCAAUACAUGGUGCGAAUCAACGAACGGCAGCAAGGCCUGGCGGAUUCAGUGUGCGUGAAACUGGUGGAAGAGCUUCUGCAGCGCAGGCUGCCCAGGCGCCAGGGGGGCUGCCAAGCGGAGCAGGUGACCAUCUUCCAGUACUGGAGCCACUUUGAGACUCUGCCUCCAUCGACGCUGGACUCCUACAUCUUGGAGCUGGCAGAGGAAGUGCUGCUAGCCCAGAACCUGAACUCUGACGACCAGGAUGUGGUCCUGAAGGCUUUGAAGCGCAUGCCUGAGAACCGGCUCCGCAAGGACGGGCUGAAGGCCUUGAGCCUCCUGCUUGUGGAAGGGAACAGCAAAGUUGUCGGGGCCGUGUCAGCGCAGCUGCGCACCCUGUCGGAGAACCCUGGCUUCCGGGAGAGGGCCCUGGUGAGUUACCUUGAACAGCUGGAGGACGAAGAAGUGCAGACACGAAUUGCUGCCUGUGCAGCUUUGGGCUGCCUUAAGGCCAAGGAGAGCAUUGAGCAGCUGGUGUACGUGUGCCAAACGGAUAAGGAGACUGUGCGGGAGGCAGCCAAACAGAGCCUGAUGCUGUGUGGGGAAGAUGGAAAAUCGGCUCACCGACGGCUGGAAGAAUCCCUCGAUAGCUUGCCACGGAUCUUUGCCCCAGGCAGCAUGGCCAGCACUGCGUUCUGAAGGGGGUGCUGCACUUGACUACCUGUGGAUCUGUUUGGGACCCAGAACCUUGCAUGCCAGAACAUCGAUCAUGUCCCACAGGCUCGGGGCCAAGCUGGCGUGCCACCAGCUGGGCGGUUCCUUGCCCCUCCAUCACGCCUACACAGCAGUAUUAGCACCACCCCGCAUGCUGCCUUAUGUGGAGGAUGCCUUGUGGGUAGCCCCCCCCCUCCACUGGCUGCUGUACUCACAGAGUUGACUUGAGCCCAGGGUAGUUGAAGUGGUCCCUUGUGGCUUGGCUUUUCUAUAGGGAGCCUGCCGGGUUGGGAGGGACUGAGAAUUUGGGUGCUGUGUUGUUAGCUUGGGGGUCCUAGCACCCUUUUCCUGAACACGGGCGUUGACGGCUGUGCCAGAACGUUCUUGGUCACUGAAGCUGGUCUGCAGCUCAAGAGAAGCUAUUUUGUGUGUGUGUGUGUGUGUUAGUUCUGCCAUCUCCUUUUGAGCACAUCCUGCAUCCACUCUGACAGUGAUUACUCCAGGAACCCGGUGAGGGGGGCCUUUUCCCGCUACCAGUGGCUUGUCCCCCUGAACAGCAAGUUCCUGUGUUCUGAUAGGGGAGAGCGCUAAAAUUAUGGGGGGAGGGCUAAAAUUAUGAGAGGAGAGGAAAGGGAAAGGUUGUUUUUAAUGAACCGUGCCAUGGAAAACAAGACAACGUGGAUGGGCCAACUCUGCCUCCUUUGGGGCUUUUUUAUUAUUUUUAUUUACAAUUUGGGGGUGUGUGCAAACAAAUGAAAGCAAAAGUCCCUUUUCUAUUAAA